AUGUUAAAUCAAAAUAAAAGUACAUCUGUCACACAUUGCUAUUUAACAAUAUUACAUUUUGUUACUCUUGCUUAUAUUGACAAGUCAACAAAUAUUGUCAGUAGAUUAUUUUAUGCGUGGUCGAUAGUCUUUAUUUGUAGAUUUUGGUUGACGUGGUUAAAAUUUAAAUUGAUAAAUCAUACAAAAACAACAGGUCGACAUGUUCGAAUGCCGUCUUUAAAAGAAAUACAAAAACAUUUUAUUACAUUUGCUGCAUUCCAUUCGAUUGAAUUAAAUGCUCAUAUGCUAACCUUUAUUAUAUUAUUAGUUUUAAAUAAAAAACUACCUAUUGAAUCAUUAAAAAUAUUCUUAUUUAGCUCACAGCCAUGUGAGAAUAUGUUCCGCAGCGCUAGAGCUUUAACCGGGUCAUUUUCAACUAUGACUAAUUUUACCAUUCAACAAUUUCUUUCUAAAACAAGAAAAAUUUCAAUAUUGAAUGAGAUUAAAUGUUUUGAAGAAUCUAGUACUGAUUCCAAUGCUAUUAAAUUUCCUACACACCAUAAACAAAAUCAGAACAAUUCAUUUUCAUCAACAUCAACAAGUAUGGAUGGAAUUACAAUGACUAAUAUCGAGCAAACUAUUUAUGAUGCAUAUGAACAUGCAAAAUCAUUUAUUGAAAAAUUAGAAAUGUUACCGCUUUUGGUGAAAAAUCAAGUGUUUGAAUUAAAUAGUUUAUGUAUACAUAUUCGUGAUUAUUUAAAAAAUAUGAUUUAUAUAAAUGAUUAUUCUGUAUUAAAUGACGAUGAUCUUGAAUUUGAUAGUGAUUCAGAUGAGGAAAUUAAUAAGGAUUUAUCAACAACGCAUGAAAAUAGUGAAAGUGAAUGUGAAGAUUCAGAUAAUGAACCUGAAACAAAAUCAACGAAAGAUAAUUAUAAUGGAAUGCGAAUUUAUUCGUCAGUAGCUGAUAAAAAUAAAAAGAAAUUUUUCAAAAUGGAAAUUAAUGGAAAACAAAAAUACAUUCACAAGCAAACGGCAGCUUGGUAUUUAACUAACAAAAACAAUCGGUUGUCGUCAGAUCGUACAGUUCGUGUUCAACAAGCAAACAAACAGUAA